AUCUCAACAGUGUGACUAGCUGUUGAACAAUGGCUGGAAGUUGGUGUGUUGUUCAGUCUUUUGCACUUUGUGUGUGGUUUUGUGCUUUCUGUCAUGCUGUUCCACAGUUGAGUAAUCUGCCCCAGAAUCCUCAAGCUCUGAUGUUCCAGCUAACUGACCAGCGGUUUCAACAGCCAGCUCAACAAGCUAGUCAACAGCAAGCUAGCCAACAGUUUCAACAACCAGCUCAACAAGCUAGUCAACAGUUUCCUCAGCGGUUUCAACAACCAGCUCAACAAGCUAGUCAACAGUUUCCUCAGCGGUUUCAACAACCAGCUCAACAAGCUAGUCAACAGCAAGCUAGCCAAUGGUUUCAACAACCAGCUCAAGCUAGUCAGCAGUUUCAACAGGCAGUUCAACAACUAGCUAGUCAACAGCAAGCUAGCCAACGGUUUCAACAACCAGCUCAACAAGCUAGUCAACAGCAAGCUAGUCAACAGUUUUCUCAGCAGUUUCAGCCAAAGCAGCCAGUGGUGCAGGCAGAGCCCCUUGACAAAUGUGCUGUAGCUGAUUAUGAGCAGAUCCAAUGUGGACCACCUGGUAUCAGUGGUGCUGAGUGUGAAGCUAUCAACUGCUGCUUUAACGGACAGCAGUGUUACUAUGGGAAGGCAGUGACUGUCCAGUGUAUAAGAGAUGGUCAGUUUGUGGUAGUGGUGGCUAGAGAUGUUACUCUGCCUCGAUUGAGCCUGGAUUCAGUCCGUCUCCUUGGUGGAAACGAUCCACCUUGCAGUCCUGUGGGAUCCACACCUUCCUUUGCUAUAUACCAGUUCCCUGUCACUGCUUGUGGCACGAGCAUGAUGGAGGACAGUGGAUACGUGGUGUAUGAAAACAGGAUGACCUCCUCGUAUGAAGUGGGGAUCGGACCACUUGGUUCCAUCACAAGGGACAGUCAUUUUGAGCUUCUCUUCCAGUGUAGGUACUCUGGUACUUCUGUGGAAGCUCUGGUUGUGGAGGUCAACACUGUUCCUCCACCUCCACCAGUAGCUGCUCCUGGACCCCUCAGGGUGGAGCUUAGACUGGCAAAUGGUCAAUGUGUCACCAAAGGCUGUGCAGAAGGGGAUGAGGCGUACACAUCCUACUACAGUGAUGCUGAUUAUCCAGUCACAAAAGUCCUGCGGGAGCCUGUGUAUGUUGAGGUGCGCAUUUUGGAGAGGACCGACCCCAACAUUGUCCUGAUGCUGGGACACUGCUGGGCGACAUCAACCCCCAGUCCACUUAGUCUACCCCAGUGGGACCUUCUGGUUGAUGGAUGCCCUUACCAGGAUGACCGUUACCUGACCACAUUGGUUCCCGUGGCUGGAUCAUCUGGUCUUCAGUUCCCAACCCACUACAAGCGCUUUGUUGUCAAGAUGUUCACAUUUGUGGAUCCAUCAUCACUGGCUCCUCUGCAGGAAACCAUCUUCAUCCACUGCAGUACAGCGGUGUGCCAUCCCUCUUCUGGCUCUUGUGAGCAAAGCUGCACUAGGAAAAGAAGAGACACGCACGUCAAGACCAUCUCUAGUGGGCAAACUGUGGUUUCUAGUGGACAAGUUAACCUGGUCAUAUAAAUUUUGUGGUUUUAAUAAAGUUUGUGAAACGCA